ACAGCGCUUGCGCAGAAAGCUGACGGCGUAUUCCGGCUAGUUCAACUUCGAUAGUUUGUGUAUGUUGCAGCGAUGCACUCGUGUUAGUCGUGUUUAAUGCUUGAAACAGUGGCAUGUUGUGUUAAUUGUUUACCAUGAACGAAAAUGUGUUUUCGUAGUAUUAUAUGGUAGUGACAGUGUGAAUGCGUAAUAAUAUGUGUGCGAAGACACUCGCGAAACUGAACGAAAAGCGUCAUUCGAAUUUUGUGUAAAAUGGGAGACGGUCAGAAAAUAGAAUUUGAUUUAUCUGGCGACACUGCGCCCAACAAUGCUUUUAGAAGCUUGUUUGCUAGGUCAUUUGCGACUGAGUACAUACGUCAGAGUAAGUCACUCGACUAUGCGUAUUUUGAAGCGAUACCGGUAACUGAAGAAGAUGAAGACAACUCUCCUUGCAGUGGACCCCGUAGUUUAACAACAGAUUUAAAUACGUCACAAUGUAACUCCAACACAGAACAAAAUAAAAUUGACCUUUCUUUGCCCGUGUUCGGCUUUCAUGACUCUCCAUUUGUUAGGCAAGCAUUCCCAACAAGAAGACAUCAGCAUCGUGAAGUCUUCAAAAUGUGGAAGGAAAAACAGGACGCACUGAAACUGGACAAGACCGAGGCUUCGAAAGAUAACACAACGCAGGCAAUUACGAGAGAAGCUGGGAAUUCUUCCGAACAGGACACACCAAACAAGAUGUCCAACAGGAAGCUACAGUCGCCUAGGGCUGUGGCUGAAGCUGUUGACGUGAACGUGUUGCAGUCGAAGGUCGAGACGCUGUCUUGGCAGCUUCGUCAGGCGGAACAGAGUCGUCAGAUGUACAAGCAAGUUAUGGAUCAAGUGGCAAAAUUCUUAAAACGUGCUCAUAUUAGUCUGGAUGCUAUACAGAAUAAUAUGGAUAGCAACAUGACAUGCAGGGUUCCACGCUCGAGAAGUGUUCACACUGUCAAUGCCUCUCCUGUGAGGCAUAGUCAGAGUUCAGACUUCCCACGCACCAAGAGCAUUGCACAAAUUGAAGGAUCGCAGACUACUAACAGUGCCUUCAAAGAUUUCACUUGGAGGCGGACAAGGAAAGUCAAUGACAAUGCUGAUGAGAUCACUCCAGCAAAGUUGGCAGAAGAAGCAUUCAGAUUACUUCGUAUUGUCCAAUCUCUAAUGAAUACAAAUGAACCUGAUCUUGCCCAAUCCCUGAAUGGCUCAUUGCCAGGAAGCCAAAGAAGCAGCCUCACUGCAUCAGAUGAACUUUCGGCUUCUUUUCAUAGGAGGCUUAAUGUAGGUGAAGUUCCUAAGUUCCCUGCACCAAGAAACUGUAGCUCCUUUCUGCACAGUGCCAGUGUAGAUGAUAGAAACUCACCUGAUGUGUCCUCUAUUCAUUCUACUUCUUCCAAAAUGACAGAUGGGGCAGAUUUUGAAGGCGGAUGUUUAACUAGUGGACUUGAAGCAGGAUUUGCUGGAAGUAUUGCUAGUACUAAAGAUACAACUACAUGCAGCAACAUUAGUAUUUCAAAGAAACAUUGCAAUGGUUGUAGUAAUCAUAUAACAGAGGCAAGCUCAGCUUCAUAUGAAUUAAUCAAUCAAGUGAAACCACAAGCUCAUCAGCUUAGUGAAGAUGAAAGUGGCUUUUCAUCAAUGAAUUCUUUUCAAGAUGUUGGUCUACCAAUGAUGCCUCCAUCAAAAUUGGAGGGAAGUUUUCAAGAAGUUGGACUUCCUGUUGUUGAAGAGACAGAAAUUAUCCAUAAACACAGACGAUGGAGUUCCAGCCCAGUGCAGUCAGCUUACUCAGCUCAAAGUGUGACAUUCCCUUCUGAAACAUUUCAUGUUUUGUGGGUGUGAACUGAUUAUUUCAAGACAAAACAGCAGCAGUGUUCUCACAAUUUCCUCAUAUCAGUAACAAGAAAGGCUAUACUUUCCAGAAGACAGCAGAUGUGGUAAACUGUACUAUUACACACAACAUGUUUCAAAAGUGUAGUAUGAAUUAUGCAGCUACCACCAUUGUUUCUUAAAGAAAUUAUAGUAUUUAUUCUGUCUUUGCUUAGUUUGACAAGGGGUAUUGAACUGUAUGAAGUAAUCUUUUGAAAUCACUGUGCGUCAGUGACAGUUGUGUUUUUUUAUUGUUUUUCUUAUAAAUAUUUGAAACUCAGUGUUUGCAGCUUUUAUUAUAUAUUACAUUUUUAAGUGUCUUUCUGUAACAAAAUGUAAAUUGCAUUUGCAAUAAAACAAAAAUGAACAGUAAUGUCUUGAUGCUUAUGAACAUGAAUACAGAUACUGUGUAGGGAAUAAUUACACUAUUAGUGAUAAUUUUGAUUUACAUUCUACAUUAUGUUUUGUAUUUGUGCAAAUGAUUUAUGUUGUAAAUGUAUUGAAAUAACACCUUAAACUGUUUGUUUGGAUAUGAUCUUCAUUGUUCAUCUGUGCUCACUUUAUAAAAUCAUAUUGGCUGCAUAUAUAUAAUUUAACUUUCAAAAUUUUGUGCGAACCUUAAAAAACACACACAUUUUCUGCCUGGGAGAUAACUAAAUUACUGCUGCUCAUGAGUCAAACAAAAAAAAAAUUGAACUUUAAACAACAAUAGUAGUAGCUAGACUGAGGCAGAUGCAUGGUGUCACAUUUGCAAGGCUCUUCAAAUCACUUGACAUUGUAUGAGCAUUUGAAAUGUUUAACAAAUAUAAAUUCAGUUGCUGAGUCCACUCUCCUUUCCUAAUAAUUCCACUGUUAAGAUGUUACAAAACUUUAAAAUACACAGACAGCUACAGUAUGUAACUUGUUCAACAUAUACGUAAUUCAAAAAGGUGUAAAGUUUUUGAUUUGCCACAUAGAAAUACAGGUGACUGAAUUGAAAGCUAGAAAACUGUAAAGGAAAGCAAAUUUGUGAGAAAAUAAAUGAAACAGUGCUUGAAGAUUAGAUGUGUGAUAUUUUUCAACAGAAAACAUCACAUCACCCUUUUUGUAUCAGGUGUGCUACAUUUUCGUACUGCAGAGUGUUUUAUAUUGUAAUCAUCAGCUCCAUAAAGAAACAGACGAGUAUGUGCAGUCAUCUGAUGUGUAGCAUUUUUUGUGUGCAUGUCUUUUGCACCAUGAUUUUGUUUCUAAAUUCAUAUUUGGUAGGUUCUCUAAAUUAAACAAGAUUUGUUAAUUACUGUCUAGGUUUUCUCCAGAAGUCUAUGUCUUCCCUUGUCUGUGUUUAUUGUAAAAAAAAGUGCAUUAUGUUUAAUACCAGACUGAUCUUAUACAGAAAGAAAUUGACACCGUAUUUCAGCAACAAAAUAUUGUUUUAGAGUUCUGUUACUAAUUUCCCAAUCAACGCUCAUCGUGCAUUGUGUAGCCCACACUUAAGGUGUUACACUUAAGUGAAGUGAAGAGACAGCUUCUCUCUGCUUUGAAACACAUGUUAAUGUCUUUAUUCUUGAAUAGGCAGUAACUUUAAAAAGAUAAAGUGCUUCUAUUAAGUUGUGUAUGAAACAAGGCCAGAAUUCAUCUAUCUUUCUUUUUUAUUUGUGCAAUUUCCACUAGGUAUAUAUUUUGUUAGUGUGUGUAUCUGCACCAUAGCAACAUUAAAACUCUUGUUUCCUGGUAAACUCCAUUGUAAAAUACUAAAAGUGCAAAAAAAUUAAGUAUUUAGAGAUGGCAAAGAUAAACAGUCACACAUUCUCAAUAGAAGUGAUAGAAUGUCCUGGUAAGCAGUUCUGCCAGAAUCAGACUUUGGAAUUAUCAGGUUGUUUCCAGUGUGGUAUGGCGCAGAAUUUCUCAGUGUUAUUCAUUAUGAUACAUGUGUUAAAUGAAGUUCUCAGAACACAUUUGAGAUUACUGAUACAUUUGUAUGUAUUACAAAUUAUUUCGUUGUAAUAUUUUUCAUCGUUGUUUCUAUCUCCCCCGCCCUCUCUCUUGGUCAGCUUCAGGAUGUUUUCCAGUGCUGUUAUUGUUGUUACUACUACUACUACUACUACUACUACUACUUCUACUACUCAAUGCUGAAACGCUAUCUCCUCUGUAUUUCUUGGCUCUGCCAUAUGCCAAAACUUGCCUAACUUGGAAACUUCCCCAAUGUUCAUAAAGUUUUCUGACUUUCUUGUUUCAAUAGAUUCCUUAACUACAUUCUCCCAAAAUUUUGGAGUCUACAGUGUUGAUCUCCUUGCAGGAAUUAACAAUAGCUUAUGUGUUAGACAUUUUGUCACAUAUCUUGGUGGUAUUUCUUUGACUUCCCAACUGUUCAGAUGGUCUCUCACAUUUAGGACAUGCCACACACACACAUGGAAUACAGCUUUUGUCCUAAACAGGAAACAGUUAACAAGCUGUACUAUGAAAAAUGAGUCCAUUUCUCAGAAAAUGCUUGAAAGUUAGGGAGGAAUGAAAUGGAUCUGCAGUUGGAAUGUAAUUUGGUUUAGCUCUUUUUUUACACACGGGCAUAACUACUGCAUCCUGAGGUGAAGUAUGAACUUCCAUAGAAUCUUAUUAUUUGGCUUUCAUUUCCUCUAAUGUUAAUUUUACAUUGAAGGAUAUACCUCAGAUUCAAGUUUUCCUUUAAAUAACAUUUGAUUAUAAUAAACUCCUGAUGAUUUUUAAAAUGCUCUUCAAAUUAGUUCCCAGAUUUUCAUAAUCAGAAACUAUUAACCACUUUGAGGACAUGUAUUGAUACUCAAAUGCUUCAAGCUACCUAUUGGUAUUUUAUUAUUUACCAGUAUGUAGUAAAAUACUCUGGAAAUUCUUCACAGGCUAAGCCAGCAAAAUUUAUAUAGUCUAUAAAAAUGUGCUUUCAGUGAUAUUGUAGAAAAGGGAAGAGAAGUCCUAGAAUCUUGAUUUAAAAAAAAAAAAAUGUAAUCAUUGCAGUCUACUGGAAAUUAGAUCAGGCUGUGUAUCUGUCUGUAUGGACAAACAGUGAUUUACAGUGCACGACGAAAGAAUGUGAUGUUUGGGAUUUUAUACUGGUGCUGCAUAUGAUUUCAUUUACUUUUGCUUGCUUUGUUUGUUUUGUGUGUUUAUCGUAUGGACCUUUUAAUUAAUAUGAUAAUUAAAAGUGUUCAAAGUUCCUUUUGUCUUUUUUCUUCCUUUAAUUUAUCCAAACUGGUAUUAAUUAACCAUUUAUACUGGAGAUAUAUUUUAUAGCUAAUGUAAAACAUAAAUACUAUUGCCUGAAUGUGUUUUUAUGGAAAGAGAGUACUAUUGACUUUAUAGUUGUGGUGUGUGCAUAUUUUAUGCAAAGAAUUUUGUGCUUGUACAAUUAUUUAAUUUUUUCUAAUUAAGUUCUUGGAAUCAGUUGUUUCACUGCCAUCAUUAUUUUACAUACAUUGCCUACGAAAAAUUGUUGAAUUCCUUUUUUGUAACCUCUGUUCGACUGCAAAUAUAAUUUCAUUGUUUUUACAAUAUUGUGUGUGACGAAUUUGAUUAAUAUUUUGUGGGUUGCUGUAAAUAUUGCUGUAAAGACAUUUUAAGGUUCCUUCACUGUGUCAAUGUGUUUGUA